AUGGGUAAGGCGAGACGUAGCCACGCGGUGGCGGCUCCUAGCGGCGAUGGCCAGAGAAGCAAGAACGGAGAUUCUUCCAUGGUCCACGAGGUCCCGAAUGGCGGCAGCGGUGGCGGAGGAUUGGGAAAAUGGCUUCGCGACCAUUUAGGCGGCGGCUCGAAGAACGGCCAGGACACUUCUUCGCCGUUGAAGUCAAACGGGAGCCUCGUCGAAGGUUCUGGAGGCGAGAAGCCCCUCGCUAGAACUGUCCACGCCUCGCAAAAUCUCUACUGCAGUCUGCCCAGAGAGCACGGCCGGCAUUCUUACAAUGGCGCUCGGAAGACCGGCCACGGGAAUUCUCUGAAGCCCCAAGGUCACGAUCGGCAACGAUCUAACAGCGUGAACCAUCACGAGAAGACCACCUUGAGCGACCUUGGAACAUUGACGAGGGGCGGUCCGAUCUACGGGAGCGAGGGGAAGUCCCUGAAGAAGCGGAAUCGCGAUCGUCGUAGGCACUCGUUGAACGAGACGCACGAUCAGGGCCGGCAACGUCGCAGAAGCUACGAGAUUGAAGAACACGAAGAUGAGGAAGAGGAGGAACAAGAGGAAUCGGGAAGAGUAAAGAAAUCGAUAGACGAGGAGAUCGAUUGGUACGUGUCCUCGGACCAGAGUAUCGUAGGCGGAAAGUACGGGGAGGAAUUUUACGAAGGGGAAGAACUAGGUGAGGAGGAGAUACCACUUUCCCCGGAGGACUCCGUGGAAAAGUUAGAGGAAGCGCGACAGGUAGAAGAAUCCGAUCACGUGCUCGUCGAGUUACCAGCGGAGGAUGCAGCCGAACGCGAGGCGCUUAUUAGCAGGUUGACAGAGUUACAGACCGAAUACGGGGAUUUGCGACGGAGAAACAGGCUUCUGGAUCUUUGGGUUUCCCGAUGUAUGACGAAGAAUCAGCAGAGAAUGACACCCCCAGAUCCCACCAAGAAUACCGAGCAAAUGGAAAAGAUAUACAAAGAGGUUCUACGGGUUUACAAGAUGCAAGUCGACGACAUAUUAACGCAACAGAACGAGCUGACCUACGAAAUGCAAACUUAUACCGAGAAAAUUGACGCGAUUCGGGCCGAGAACGAGGCAGCUUUCAACGAAUUCUUAGACCGUGAGAGAGAAGUGGCUGUAGGCCUCGUCUUCGAGAAGACCGGGAAAAAGCUCACGGAUAAAAUGAUGAACGCUUUGACCCAUCGCCAGACGAUGCGUUCCAAGAUCUUGGCUCAAGAUAGACAGGGUUACAUACUUCUUCGACAUUGUCUCGAGGAUCUGAAAACUCGAUUGAAAGGCGUGGAGACUUUGGGCGAAGGGAUGACAACGGUGGAUUACGAGGCCCUACAUGUCGCUAAUCUCAGUUACAAGGAUAAACUGGAUGAACGAGACCAGGAAUUAGAAAAACUACGUGCGAAAAUUGCGAAGACGGUGAACGGCGUCGCUCAAUACAAAGAAAAGGAAGUCUGUCUCAUAGAGGAUAUAGAGUACGAAGAGGAGAGUUUGAAAAACUACCGUGAAAAGAACACGAGGAAUCGCGAAUGCGUGAACAAAGCUCGGGUGAGGCUGAACGAACUACGGAUCGAGUUCAACGAGAAAAGGAUCGAAGCCGGUCUUCUGGUCGCGCAGCCGGCGCUGCUGGAUAUGGAACGGCGAAUGUACAUGAGGAACGAUCUGCGCGAGGCGAUCGAGGCACUCGAGCACGAAAUCAAGCAGUACGAGCCCGAGAGACCGGGAAAACGUGCCCGAUCGUCAGUCCAAUCGGAGGAUCGGCACUGGAGCAAAAGCCCGCGUAGCAACGCAACUCCGACUCCCGACGCCGCUGAAUCAACAGGUGGGAAUCUGCGAACUAACAGGUGUAUCCCGGAUGGCGGGGACGUUGGUUACACGAUGACGGAACUGCAGCCGUCGCCGCCAGGAUAUCGAGUCCAGGAUGAGGCCCCGGGCCCACCUUCCUGUCCUCCGGGCCCCUACAAGUACGCGAGUCACGGACACGGGAGCGAGACUACCAAUUUCAAGGGUACCCCGUCGUAUCCUCAGGAAGGCUAUGGCCUUAAGCAGAGUCCGUCCCGGACGGUGCUUCCUAACGAGUACUACCGCCGCAGAAACGACGGCAGGAGGUCCGCGGAGAACGAGCACGAGGCUGGCAACGGAACAAAGAAAGCCACCACGGCUGCCGGUUACAACGAAAGUCACAAGAAGAAUACUGCGGGCUAUAAAAACGACAGCGGGUACAGCGAGAGCCUCGGAUUCGACAGCUACACGUUGCCUCUCAACGAGAGAGACGAAGCGUCGCCGCCUCCAACGCCUCCGGUCCGAGACGCGUCCAGCCUCAAAGGCGUCUGCUAUGGGCCUGGACACGAGAAAUAUCCAUCGUGGCCAAGCGCGCCGGAGAGACACCCGGACGAGGACGUGCACGGCGGCACCGGCCAUAACAGCGGAUCCCAUCGUUCCAAGUCCUGGACCGAUCACACCAAUUACCCAAAGGAGAAGCCAGCCCAAUACACUAGACCGCACACGAAGAGGCCCAAUCCCGCGUUCACGCAGCAGCUGAAGACCGUGAUGGAGCGCUGCGAGAAGAUACCGGCGGAGACUUUCGAGUCCCGCAACAGGAGCGGCAACGUGGAAGAAGAGCCGAGACUGUGGCCUCGCGUGGAUCGCGAGGGUAAAUCUCUGGGCGAUGAAGAGUACGUUGUCCCGUCGCCCCCUGAACGCGAGCAGCAGACCGCUCAGACCCUUAGCCAUGCUGAUCUGGAAGCCUACGUUAGGAGCUACCAAGAUCCUCAAGUGUCCCAGGUGGACAUAUAUAGGGAGGCAACCCUAACACAAGCAGGUCUCGAGGAAUACACGAGGGUGCAGCAUUCGCAGCAAGCCAGCUACGCACAAUCCGAAGGCUAUCACAGUUACGUUUCCAGCGUGGACUCCACAACGAACACCCCAUUUCUCGACAGACUGAGGAGAGACAGCGAGGCAGUGGCGCAGAGACCAACCGCAUCCUGGGAGGACACUUCGAGGGAGGGAAGAGACAGCGUGGUGACUACGUCGAGCGGAAGCGCGUCCAGUAGCGAAACCCUGAAAUGGCACGGUUCGAUGUCGGAUGUCAGCGUGUCCAGUGGCUUGCCAGCUCGACAGGGUACAUCGGAUCGAUGGCACCACGGCUCGAUGUCGGAUGUCAGCAGCGUGAACGGUGGAAUUUUGCCGCAGAAAUCGAACAACGGGUGUCACGACAAGUGGCAGGGCUCCAUGAGCGAUGUCAGCACCACUGGCCUGUCUCCGACGACAAAGGGCAGACACAGCGAGAAAUGGCCGGACAAGUGGCAGGUAUCGAUGAACGACCGUAAUAAACAGAAUCAAGGUAGAUCGAGCUUGCCGGCUGUGAUCAAUCACUGCACCUCCUCGACCAACGUGGCCGACGUUUCCACGGUUCGAGAGAGCAAGUGGCAGGAGUCUAACAUCGACGAGGAAUCUCUGGAGAAGUCGCAGACGGGCUCUCAAUGGGACAGUUCAAUGAGAAUUGAAAACGAUAAGUACGCAUCAUUGGCGCAGCCGAUGCCACAGAGCCCGAUACGUCAGCAGAUCGGCCCGACGAGUCCGCAGAGCCCCGAGACAUGGAAUCCUAUUCACGGUUCGAUGUCAGACGUCAGCCAGGCUAAUGGACUUUCCUGUAGCAAGCAGUUGAUAGCUCAUAGCGCCAGAGUGCAAACUCCGCAGAGACAUCAUUCGGAGAGCGUGCUCUAUUUGGAUCGCGAACGAAAUCAACGGAAACUGUAUCCUGUCAGCACGACGCAGCCUCAGGAGUCCACGCAGUCUUCAAGAAUAUCCUCGACGCUGCCCCAACAGCCACAAAUGUCAGUAGCGGAGCGCAUAAACGAACUAGAGAAGCAGCAACAGCAGCAAAUGCGUUACACCUACUUGGAUCCAGAAAAACGGCACCGGGUCUCCGAUCCUACGUUGAAAGCCAUUCAGAAAAAAGCAUUGUUAUCUUUCUACGAGAGACACCACCAAGCCUCCUGGCGGUCCGAGCCACAAUUGGCUCAAGGGACAACUCCUGCCCCUCAAAGUCCACCGCCACAGCCUCCGCCUCGUCCCAGACCACCCUCUUCGAGACGAGCGAGCUCUGCUUCCGACUAUGCCAGCGGUGCCUGGCGAGAAAACGCGAACAGGAAUCAGAAUCAGGGCAACGGAGAUUUACCGAGUCCGAAGCAUCAGCACAGCAACAGCUGCGGUAGUCUGUCCACGGAUUUGCUGGGCCCUGUGAUAGUCGGCCCGGCUAUAUCGAUCGAUGACUGGGUGCCGGAACGACCGCCCAAGAAACCACACCUCAGAAACGUCUACAACGAUCGCGUACCUAGCCCCGACUUGCCUCCACCCUCGCCCCCGACAGUCACCGAGAACGAGGUGCACGAUUGCGACGAUCCACUGCCGCCACCGCCCCCUGAACUCAGCGAGGACAGCUUCACGGACAGCCAACGGAAAUCCAACCAUCAUCAGGAAGAGUCCAAGGCCCGUGAUAGAUCUUGCGACAGACACAAGCUGGAGAGACACUCGACCAGAAGAUCGAAGCACGGGGGUAAACGGGACCACGAUAAAUCGACCGGGAAGUCAUCGCCUAACUCGCCAACGAAAACCCCGCAAGAUCAAGAACAGUUCGUAAGGGCCACCAUAGCAUUGAAACACGUUGACUCCGAGAUGGUGCUGGAGAACGGUGUCUCCGCUGGAUUCGCUACUCAUCGAAUGGUAGCCACAGGUCGAUCCAGCUUGAGAUACCCCUCGACUCAGAAGCUCAUGGUGAACGGACGGGUCACCCCGGCGAGACGAACUCCUCAGGUCCCGGUCGAGCCGAGGAUCAUUCGACAGGAGUCCAUGCGAGUGGACGGAUCGAGACUCGACGUUUCUGGGUUACUUCGAACCGAAUCCUCCCAGAGACUUGAAUCAUCCUCUGGCCAGAGGCCUCAACCCCAAGUGCCCAAGAGCAUCGACAAGAGUUCCUCGAGCAAUCAGUCGAAUCAAUCGACUAGACCGAAUUAUUUACCAGUAGCAGACAAUUCGAAGAGCACUUCCAAAUACCUGGAAGGCGGAAAUCACGGUUUCUCGAUCGGUAGCCCAGUGAAGACCGGCUACGAAGCCAAUUCGAAGAUGUUCCCGUCGGAGUCCAGUCCUCAGAAGUACCACGAGCCACCGAAGUACGUGCCCAACCAUCACCAACGCCACGGGGACGCGUCGCAUAGGAAUUACUACGCCCUGCCACCGAAAUACAUCGACGCGCCGAAGCAGAAGCCUCAACCUCAGUGUCCCACGGAUCGAUACGCUGGCUCUGGAUCACCAAGUUCUCCUCCUCCACCUCUGGCCCCACGACAGAACACACCAGGCAGAAAGUCGCUACCACCGCCGCCUCGACCAGCUCCUCCGCACGCUCUCCAGGGGAGCCAGUCGAAGGCCUCUUAUCUGGCUUACCGGAGGGAGCGCGGGGCACCUGAUAGCGAGGGCAGCUACAAGAGGACCAUGUCCCCUACGUCCCGACUAGAGGAUUGGCCACCGCCGCGAGAUCACGACGAUCCGGUUCUUUUGCGCGUCACGCCUCAUCAUCCGUUGCAGCAUCAUCAUCAUCACCAUCACAACAAUCACCAUCCGCAGCAGCCAGAGCUUUCCAAGUCCCACAGCGUGGACGCCCUUCAUCAUCGGCUGGAGGAACGUACCCAACAGCAUCAGCAACAGCAACAACAGCAACAACACUCCGCCGAAGUGAUCGGAAAGCUGUCGCACGAUUUGAACAAGAAACUACAGGCGAGCGACGCGAGAUCCCGAGCCGCCGAGAAUAAUAACAACGACAACCUAGAGGAUCGACAUCAGCACCACCACCAUCAUCAUCAUCAUCUGGAGAAACGUCAGCAGGAGAAGAGGCACGAUUACGAGCAGCGUAGGGAACGAUUGUCACCCCAGAGCGUCGAGGUUCUUAACGACAGGAACCGACAGCUGGAACGCGAACGCAGGAAGCUGGCUGCUAGUUGCGAACCUCUACCUCAGAACAGAGAGAAACAGUCGCGAAGCAUGGAUGCUCCCUCGUCGAUGGAGGAGGACUUUUUCCGCGAGCGGAGCGCCACCAUCGAAAUGACCUCGCAGAACAUCGAACUCCUGAAUCGCCGUAACGAGAAGAGAGCGAACUCCACGUCGACGUCCACAACCGUCAUCGCCACCUGUAUCACGACAUCGUCGACGUCAACCACGACGACGAUCACGACAGACAGUUGGUCACGUGGCAAAGAGGUGCAAACCUCGAUCGAAAAUUCACCAGUCUCCGAGAGGCCACCACCGCCAACGAGUUCACCUCCAAGAUCGCCUGAUCAGAUCGAAGGGGAAAGUGCAAGAGGUUCCGUUCCGAGACGAUCCGGAAGCUGUUCCAGUUCCUCCUCCUCGUCCAGAUCGUCCGAUCCUCGUAUUUCGCCUCGAAGCUUGUCCAACAGUUUCUCAAAAAUCGAAAGCUCUCCCAUCAACAGGAAGGUGUCCAGUCCGACCCAAACGGAGAACACCGCGUACAGAUCCAGCUCGCCUGUCCGUUCGAAUCAGACGAACGAGAUCGAGCUGAGAGUGGAGAGAUCGUCCUCGUCCUCCAAGUCCAGGUCCGGAGGCAGGUCCUCGACGUCCUCGAUCUCCAGCGUAUCCAAAGCCUCCUCCUCCUCCUCGCCGAGGAACUCUCCGGUCCAGGAGAUGAGAUCGUCUUCACCUGCGUCACCUUGCGUGUCCCCGCAACUAGGAAUAGAAGGAUUGACUCUGGUGCAACGCACCGAGGUCGUUCUUCGAGUGAACGCGGCGACCAGCGACGCUGCCUCGCAGACUGAUCUCUUGGAACCGGCGGAGAACGAAGACUGCGCCAAGAUGCACGAGCUUCUUCUCUGUCGGAAGAAACUGCCAGAGGAGAUCGAGUGCGAGGAACUCGGACGGGAUCUGGCGAGUCAGCUCAGUCCGAAUGAUAAACUGGUUCCCCUAUUAGUUCCAGCGCCGGAGCACAAGAAGCCCACCGACUACGUUUCCGGUCUGUUCAGGGUGGAAGCGACCUUGCAACCGAGACCGAGACGCCGACUCUCACUGGACGAGCCUUCGACCCCGUGCUCUGAAAACGGGGCCGACGAUGAGAAAAAGCACGAAUCGAUACCAUCCACGCCGGUCACUCCUCUUUCGACCGAUUCUACCAGCCCUCUGUCCCCAACGUCGGCGUACUUCACCACGUCCGAGGGGAAAGCCAGGUUCUUGACAAGACUCACGCGUGACGUUACCGUCGAGGGCCUGUCGCGUCAGGAGGACCCGCCACCGGUGAUCCAGACGGACAACCUUGAUCUCAGGCAGAAGAAGGAGGAGCUGAUGAUGAGGCUCGACAAGAAACUGGUGGUCCUGAGAGCCGAACAGGAGACCGUGAGAGAAGAGGGAGAGGUGAACGAUGCUCUGGGUGCUCGCGUCGCGACGCGGAUCGCCGCGGUCGCACGACCGCCAGAAGCGUCCAAGUAUCGACUACACGUGGAGGAAGUCGGGAAGAUCACCAGCCUUCUUCUUGGGCUAAGCGGCAGACUUGCACGAGCGGAGAACGCCUUGCAUGGAAUGCCAGCCGAUCACGCUGAAAGGAAAAUCCUCGAGAGCAAACGGGACAAACUGAUUGACCAGUUGGAGGAAGCGAAGAUCCUGAAGAGCAACAUCGACAAACGUAGCGUGAACGUCUCGACGAUUCUGUCGAAGUACCUGAACGAGGAGGAGUUCGUCGAUUAUCAACACUUCAUCAACAUGAAGGCGAAGCUGAUCGUGGACAGCCGUGAGAUCCAGGACAAGGUGAAGCUCGGCGAGGAGCAGCUAGCCGCGCUGAGAGAGGCGAUCGACUAGUCGUAAAUAAAAAAAAAAAAAAAAAAAAAAAAAA